AUGGUCCGAGUCGACAAUUCUCGAGUCGACAGCGAGUGGUUAUCCAUGAAAGAGGCAGAUCCAGAUGAAGCAGAGGAGGAGGUUGCAGAAGGUGAUGCAGCAGAUGGCCAGACUGCUUUGGACACCACCGUCCUGGCAGAUCCCUUGUCCGACGAGGAGCGAGAGGUUCUCACGAAGUUGCGGAAGCACGAGUCUGAGGUCUCCAAAGUGUGCUCCGCGGCACAAGAGCUUCGAGUGAAGGGGGCGCAGUCGGCCGUGGACCUCCGGAGCCUUGUGGAGGCCGCGGACGGCGUGGAGCGGCUCCUCGACGCCGCGGAGGACGCGGAGCUCUUGCAGCGCGAGGCCGUCAGCUCGCAGGUCGACUGGCCGGCCGAGGAGUUGAAGUAUGCCAGAGUCAUCGUGUUAGCGCUCGAUGCAUGGGAGACGGCACUGGCGAAAGGGAAAGAGCAGCUCACAGCAGAGGCUGCUGGAGGUGCUAUCUACAGCAGCCUUGGUGCGUUGCUCAGGAGUUUUCGAGAGUUGAGGGAAGCGGAGGCACAAGCUCAGGCCAGUGGUUCUGCAGCUGUGCAACAUGCUGACUUGGGCCUGGCUGGUAAGGAGACGGCGCUCCGACCUUUGUCAGAAGCUCUCCUGGACAAGGCCUUAGAGCUGAAGGGUGAAGCUUUGCAGAGCUUCCGCACGCAGCUGCUGAAUGAUGAGGGGCAAAUGGAGAUGCUCAAGGACUUGCGCGUCCAGCUGCCCGAUCUGCAGUCAGGAGAAGAAGAAGCACCAAUCCUGUUGAGUCAGGUGAAAGGGAUCGAGACGGAAACUGAAGAGGCCCAGGACACCGGACCGCUGGACCCCGAACGACUGUGGCGUGCGGUUCACACAGGUGAUGAGUCUAUCGUCAAGGCUUUCGUGGGGAGGAAGGCAUGCGAUGGAAGGACCCGGGAUGCAUCCGGCCAUUCCAUCUUCUGGCAUGCCAUUAGUUUCCACCACCACAGUUUGGCGCAAUACAUUUGGGAGACCUUCCCGCCCGGCACAGCCACAGGGGUCGAGGUUGACGAAGUGCACGAGCGGAAAGGCGAUACGCUCCUGCACCUGCUUUGCAUGAGCCGACCCUUCAAUGCAGAGGUGGCGGCUCUUUUCAAGCGUGUGGCGGCCAAGGCGCCUCCACCGGUGUUUCAAAAGCAAAAUGCCCUUGGCCUGAGUUUUUUGGAGAUGGCCAUCGACAGUCUCAACUUCUGGGUGCUGUCCUUCGUCUUGAAGAACUUCAAGGUGCAGGCCAAAGCGUUGCUUUGCAAUGCCCGUGCUCCUUUAAGGCGCUUGUUGAAGGCUCUACGGCCUCCCAACCCGCCCGAGGCCUACGAACCGCCUCCCGGUUUCCCUGACCACUUCCGCGUGGCGGCCAUGCUGCAGCAGGAGCCCAACGGCCUGGUCCCCUACGCGGACGUGGCGUUCGACGUAGGCCCAGAACGUCAGGGCGUGGCCACCGGACGUUUUUUUGGCGCAUCGUGUGGUAGUGGUGGCUCAAAGCCCUGUGCUGUUUGA